GGUGACGCUGACGCUGACGGUGGACGUCAACUGGUGUUCCUGACAAAACGCACCGAGAGUGAAGGCGGAGGCGGAGGCGGCGGUGGUGACGGUGACGGCGCAGUGAGAGACGGAAGUGGCCGGCGGACAACUUCACAUAAAAACAUUUCGGCGGAGAUAUUGGCUUUGAAAAUACCAUAAAAAAUGGCUAGCACAAACAACAUAGCACAAGCAACGAGGACAGUUCAGCAGCUUAAAAAAGAGUCCAAUAUUGAAAGGAUAAAGGUCUCAAAGGCUUCAGCAGAUCUUGUGCGCUACUGUGAAGAACACGCCAAAAACGACCCUCUGCUCAUGGGCAUCCCAACCUCUGAAAACCCUUUCAAAGACAAGAAGCCUUGCAUUAUAUUAUAGUCACAACUUGUGCGUUCGACCUUUUUUAAAACUGACCAAUAAUAGAACAUGUUAAUGAUGCUAUCUUUAUGCCCUCUGGUAUUCACGAAAAUGCAAUUUAAAUAUUUUCCAUGUUAAAUUGUUCACUCUUUUUGCCCAUUUCAGAAAAUAGAAUAGGGAACAUCUUGUGAAUUCAAACCAAAAGGGUAUGUUUAAAAAAAUUCUAUCUCAAUAGAGUAAUGAAGAUUGAAUAAUGAAGAUAAAUAACAAAUUAUAUGUCUUUAUAUUUACUGUUUCCUAUAUUCAUGCAAAAGUAUGCAGUUUUUAAACUUACAGAUGUAUUUGUGUAUACUUAACUGAGACCAACAUUGUAAUUAUUAAUUUUGAAAUGGAUCUUUUCCAGUUCAUUAUUAUGCCAAAUUUUGUCUAAAGUGCUAUAUCUUCCCAUCACCUCUGAUUUGUAUGCCUCUGUCUGCCUUGUUCUUCACCUUGCCAUAGAUUGCAGAUUAUUCUCUUGCCUCAGCCUGACUCUUUGAAACU